GCAGGGGCGGCCCCGAUCCAUGGUCAUGGGCGACAAGAAGAGCCCGACCAGGCCGAAAAGGCAAGCCAAACCUGCAGCCGACGAAGGCUUUUGGGAUUGUAGCGUGUGCACCUUCAGGAACAGCGCCGAAGCCUUCAAAUGCAGCAUCUGCGAUGUCAGGAAAGGCACCUCCACAAGAAAACCUAGAAUAAACUCUCAGUUGGUGGCACAACAAGUUGCCCAGCAAUAUGCAACACCACCACCGCCGAAGAAGGAGAAGAAGGAGAAAGUGGAAAAACAAGACAAAGAAAAACCUGACAAAGAGAAGGAAAUUAGCCCAAGUGUUACAAAGAAGAACACUAACAAGAAGACUAAACCAAAGUCAGAUAUUGUGAAAGAUCCUCCUAGUGAAGCCAACAGUAUACAGUCUGGGAAUACUACAACAAAGACCAGCGACUCAAAUCACACUUCAAGACCUAGACUGAAAAAUGUGGACAGAAGUACCGCGCAGCAGCUGGCAGUCACAGUGGGAAAUGUCACAGUAAUUAUCACAGACUUUAAAGAAAAGACUCGCUCCUCUUCCACGUCGUCUUCUACAGUGACCUCCAGUGCAGGAUCAGAACAACAGAAUCAGAGCAGCUCGGGCUCUGAGAGCACAGACAAGGGCUCGUCCCGUUCCUCCACGCCAAAGGGGGACAUGUCGGCAGUCAACGACGAAUCUUUCUGAAAAUUGCACAUGGAGUUGUGGAAACUAUGAAUCAGGGUAUGAAAUUCAAACACUCCACCUGCCCAUGCUGUUCAAAUCCUGGAGAGCCUCUUCUGUGCUUGAACACACGCUUUCUCGGACAUCGACCUCUUACUGAUGCAACCAGGAUAAUUUCUGCUUGCCGUGGGCAUCUGGCCA